AAUGCAGCAAUCGCACCAGUUUAUUCACUGAAGCGGUUGUGUUUUCUAACAGCGUCUAGUGUUUGUCAGAUAGGCGUGCACAAGGCUCUGCUUUUUUUCAGCUCGCAUCUGCAGCGUCCCUCUCUGCCUCAGUUUCCCACAUCGCAAAGUGUCCGCGUGUGUGAGGUCACACGAAGCUGCGGCCGGCGAGGCUGAGCAGCUGAGACGCCGGGGCGAGGAGGAGUCUGGUUGUCAGAAGGAACAGUCUGAUUAGCUGCGGAGCGCAGUGUGCUCAGUGGAGGGAAAGAGAUUGUCCUAAUUUCUCCAGUGCUUGAACACAUCAGAUGGUGCUUUUAAGAUCGGCAGAGACAGGACUCUGCAGCGAGUCACCCUGCCCAGUCGCCACUGCAGUCUUUCGGCGAGAGCCCACACUGAGCUGGGCUCUGCCAGGCUCGCCAAUAAAUACAAUACAAGAAAAUGCUCUUUGCAACUGCAAGCAAAGGCGACUGAAACAUUUCGGGAGAUUUUCUUUUCCUUUUAAGUAAUUUAAAGUUUGUGUUUUUUAAAACGUUAUUAUUUUUUCAGAAUUUAUUUCACUGAUUUCUCAGGCGACCUGGCGCAAUAUUUGCACCGUACGGGUUUGAGUCUACGUGCAGCGAUUGUUUUGUGUGGAAUAGGAGGAAGAACAACGAGGAUCUGCUGAGUUAACCUCGGUCUUUUUUAUUCAAAGCAACGAAUGAGAAAAACACGAGUACAAUCAGCAAAUAAGAGGAGAAAAUCGGCUUCAGAGAGGGGAGGCGGUUAGGUGACCGGGGACUUGCGUACUGCGCGCAGGGUGCCAACUAGGCUCAGAUGAUUCUCGUUUAUUGAUUUCGUGCGGGGAAAAAAGCCCUGUUCGAGUUGAUACGAUGAAUCGUCUUUGUGGUUUUUAACUCCCAACGCAGAGGGGAGUCGGCAAACCAGAACACUGGUCUCUCCAGCCCUUGCUCUCCACCUGAGCUCUCCGUCUUUCACAGAGAAGCCUGCCCUGUGUUCUACUCCCGGGAAUCAUCUGGGAAAGGCAAUGAAUUAACCAGAAGAACUGAGCAUUCCUCAUGCUGAGGAUAAGAGAGAUUCUUUAUCCCUUUAUUUAUUUUGUGGAAGCAACAAACCUUUUUUGCUUCUUCUUCUGUUCUUAAAGAAGACUACCGAGAACGCUGGCUCUAACUUUAUUUCUGUUCGUUAAACUGAACAUACUAAGUGGUACAAACUCGAAGGGGACUCGGUGUAACCAUGGGUACAGUGUUGUCACUGUCUCCGGGGUCCAGGAAGGCUGGUUUCUAUGAUGAUGGGCCAGGGUCGCUCAGCCACUAUCCCAGCCUGGCAGGCAACAAGUCACUAAGUGUGCAGAAGGAGCGGAGCAUCAAACGCCACUCCAUGUUCCUGCCUGCACUCACCUGGAAACGCCUGGUCGCCUCCACGAAGAAACGGGGCUCCAAAAAAGCUGGGGUCCCAGGUGGGGGCGGUGCCCUGAACAACAACAACAAUUACCAGAAGGACGUAGCCCACCUCAACCACGAGAAUGUCAAGAAGUCGCUGUCUUGUGCCAACCUAUCCAGCUACGAGGGACAGCCCCUGGCGCCGUUGACAGGCACCCAUGGGAAACCCCAGCUCUCCUCCAUCAAGAAGGUGUCAUCCGGCUACCCUUCAGGGGGCUCACCCAAGCGCGUGAUCGUCCAGGCCUCCACCAGCGAGCUGCUCAAGUGCCUGGGCGAGUUCCUGUGCGGCCGCUGUUACCGGCUGAAGCACCUGUCGCCGACAGACCCCAUCCUCUGGCUGCGCAGCGUGGACCGCUCGCUGCUCCUGCAGGGCUGGCAGGACCAGGCCUUCGUCACGCCGGCCAACGUGGUGUUCGUCUACUUGCUGUGCCGCGACGUCAUCGACGGAGACCUUGUGGCCUCCGAGCACGAGCUGCAAGCCACGCUGCUCACCUGCCUCUACCUGUCCUACUCCUACAUGGGCAACGAGAUCUCCUACCCGCUCAAGCCCUUCCUCGUCGAGACGGGCAAGGAGGCCUUCUGGGACCGCUGCCUGCGCAUCAUCGACACCAUGAGCGCGAAGAUGCUGCGCAUCAACGCCGACCCACAUUUCUUUACACAGGUGUUUGCGGACCUAAAGAGCGAGGGCAGCCGCGAGGACUACAGCCGGGUGCUGGAUCGGUGAGAGGGGGAACGCUGCCUCCCACCUCUUCAUCCCACAUCUCCUCAUCUCACAGGGCCUCUCCCAGUCUUGCACAGCUGCUCCAGAAUUCCUCUGAGAGCACGGAGGACAGAUCGAGGCAACCCAGGGUUGCUGGUCAGUCAUCUAGUUGGUAAAAGCACUUGAUUUGGUUGUUUUCUAAUCAUUCCAUCGUCUGUAGACCUGGGCAUUCAGACACUUGUGUCUGCUGCUGAUUAUUGCAUCCAAAAAGUAUAUAUAUAUGUUUGUUUCUUAAAUGUCUCCCUGGGUCUAGCCCACUCACUGUUAUGCACCAUCUGACAUAAAUUAGGAAUAAUGGGCUGGGCUUGCACUAUGUAUUAGUAUAAAAGGAGCCUGGACUAUACCUGGUAUUAAAACCUAAAAAAUCCAGCCACCCUGCGCUUCCCUCUUUCCAGAUAUCUCCAUGUAAUUUCAUAAGCGACAGCAUGUUAAUGUGGUUUCCCUUCAGUUUAAAAGAUCUCAGCCGGGCUGGGUAAUUACUAAGUAAAAAAGAGAAUUUUUGAGCAGUAGCUCUGGGUUGGCGAGACUAACUCAGAUAGGAAGACAGCUACAGGCUGCUCUCUCCCGCAUUCAAAUUAGAAGACAUUACCUGGAAGUGCUCGCUGGGAAAGGGGUUGGCUCACUGUUGUGCACAUGCCCAGUUGGCAAGGAUCACUACCUCCAUUGGUCAUGUGUACAAAAUCUAUAAAAGACCUGACAGUACUUGAAGAAAAGAGUGAACUUUGUAAAAGACAUAACUUGUCUGUUCCUCUCUCCGAGAUCGAUUAUCUAUUGGUACCGAGUAGUCCUCAACUCUGAGCAGCAUUCUUAAUUUCCACGCCUGUACAGUUUCUGUGAAGUCACAUGCCAUUCAAUAAGAGAAUACAACAUUUUAUGACAGGAAUCUAAAAACUGUUUCCCGAUUGGAGAAUAAUUCAAAUCUUUUUUCAGUUACCUGUUGAAUUUUCCUCCUCUUCCGAGCAGGAAAAAUCCUUUGACAUACAGCUAUUUGGAAAAUUGUUACUUCACUUUGGUGGCGGUGAUGUGUUCAAGUUUAUUUUUCCAAAAGUCAGAGUAGAGAGCCUUAGUCUCUUUUAGUAACAGUCUUUACUUUAUUGUUCUGUUAUACAGUAUAGAGGUGACACUGUGCUGAAUCUGUUCAUGUUACUCCUUAUUGUAAAUACAAUUUGUUAGACACUUGUAUGCCUUGAAAUCUGUAAAUCAAGACAGAAUCACUUAAUAUGGGUUUAAAGGAAGGAAUACUAGUACUCUGAAGCUCAUGACAAUGUGAUUCAUGAAAACUAAGAACAGUGGAAAUGAUAACCGAACCAAGGGGAACUGACCUAGGAACAAUAUAACCCAUCACUCUAGAAAGCUGUAAAGAAGAAAAAGCUUUCAGUGGGAGUUGUGUUCAGCUUUUUGUUUAUUAAAGCUCUUAUCAAUCACUCCCACAGGCUGUGCUGGAGCCACCACCUUUAUUUUACAUCUAGAAUCCCUAUAUUUUCAUCAAUGUGCUGCUGAUUGAUUAAGGAUCAAUCACAUUUCUGAACCCCCCCCCCCCUUUAGCUUGCCUUGCAGCAAAACAUGGCAUGUCCCUUCACAUGUUCUUCUUCCCUUCAAGGCAGAAUAGGAAUGAAGUCAAUCUGGGCCCCAUCUGUGUGAGUCAGCCUGAACUGCAAUCUUUGUGAUCAUGUUGGUAAAUAGUGCCUCAGCACACAGCAAUGGAUUAGACCUGAUGUAAGUGGAGAAAUAUGUUGAAAAAGAUUUCUACAUUUAUUACUUUAAAUUCUGCAAUGUGUUAAUUAGCAUCUGCACUACAAAUGCAUGAAUACACGGACACAGCAUACAGACAGACAGCAGAUGUAUCUCGGCUACUACUAAGUUGUUUAUGGGCUUGUUCUUCCUAUGAGAUUUGCAUUUUUUUCCACCAAAUUAUUAUAACUGCUGUCCCCUCUGUGAGUCAUGUGAGCUUCCCAGCUGUGCCCCAUGUCCUUCUGCCAUGAAGGAAAUCAGAUUUGUGCACGUGCUUAGAUUUGUGUACAUAUCGCUGACUGCUGAAGGUUUCCAUGACGAUCCGGGUGUCCUCAGCAGGGGCAGAAGGAGUGCUGUGAGGACCUAAGUUCUGUCCUGAAGAGAUGCAUCUUGUGUUUGUAGUUUAAUAUGGUCUGUGGCACUAUGGGUGAAGGUGGUUUGAUUGCAGGGACGUGACGGGUUAACAUCAGGGAUGUGAACAGACACUUCCAAUGAAACAGUUAGGUCACCUCCUGUCCUCUGUCAUCCUCUCUGGACCACAGACCACUCAUGCUGUAAAAUGCCUUUUUGUCUCCUUCUGCUGAAAUCAUGAAACCUUUGCUUGUUCACACUGUAAGCCUUUUAAACUGAAUCAUGUGAUCAAGUGAAACAAGCCCACUUAUUGACCCAUUUAGAUGAAAAAAGAUUUGCAGAGUGUAGCCAAAUCAUUAGCUAGUCUUAUAUGUAUUUCUGAAGGGACAAAAUAAAGGGACUCUUGUGCUCUUUUAUGCUAAUGCUGCAAAGUUGCACAAAAUUGCAGGAUGCAUAACAUUAAAUGCUAUUUCUCUUGUAUAUAUUCACAGUACCUUUCGCAGAAUGGGGACCGUUAUCUGUUACAAUAGCAUUGUACAGGAGGACUGGUUUUGAACACACUUCACUGGCAGCAGAGGAUGAGACUUGCUCUGUGGAGUUUUGGGGCUUGGGAUAGUAGCUGACAGCCAGGGCAGGAGGAGUCCAGGUUCGCACAUGUCUGCCUAAUGCCGUAAUCCCACUGCGGCUUGGCAUCUGGAAGGGAACAGCUGUACUGUAGGUGAAGGACUGUAUUACUCAAAGGCACCAAUAAUAAUCCUGUCAAGGUCCAAGGUCCAAGGACAGAGUAAAAGAGAAACAAGAGGAAUGAGGGAUUCAGCUUUCUAACUGAAGCCUUGAAAAGUCCUUAUAAAUGCUUUUUGGGCAGUAACUUCCUAUUACUGUUUUUUUCCUAGGACCAUGGCAGGGAUGAAGCAAGGAGAGAAACUGGGGGGCACAAUGGCUCUUCCUGGCUCAUUCAGUACAGUAGAAAAGCUGGUGCACUGGGUUCCUGAGUGAUGUCAUUGCCGAUACACUGGGACCUUUCAGUGUCAUGGGCAGGGGGGCUCCUCACAAAUACAGGCAGCUCUCACACGAGGCAGAAAACAGCCUGCCUGGGGCUGAAUGGCCUUUUCUUAUCCCUGACCUUUUACCGUACUGCAGACUGAUGCUCUCCCAGCAUCCUGGUGCAGUGGCUCUGACAUUGCCUGCUUUUGUCGAGGACAGACGGUGCCAUCCCUUUGACUUUUAUAUUUGUAAUCUGCGUGAUUCAGCACAAAAAGACAAAAUUUACAUAUCAUUUAGAACCACAGGCAGUAUUCAGGACCUAGAUAUUUAAAUGUGGCAAGAGUUAUUACAGCUUAUAUAAUGUACUGAUUCAUGGGGAUGCCCCAAAUGCCCCUCUUGUUGUCAAGCAUCCUGUUCUCCCAGACAUCCCAGGGCGUAGUAAUGAUGUGUGGUGCAAUAUUACAAGAUUUAAUGAUGCCAUUUGAUUUUCAGUUUUUGGAUCUUACCCUUACAUGUAUAUCACAAGAGUAGUGGUGCAAAUGACAUUGAAGGAGAGUGUUUGUUUCUGUGGGGGCUGCAUGUUCACUGAGGCACAGAGACAAGGAAGCAGCAGGCUGGGCUCCCAGUAGGCUGUGUGUGUGGGGUGGGGGGUGGGUGGGGAGUAGGGAAUUGGCAGACUGUAGCUGGGCCCAGGUGCUUCCAAUAACUCUUCCGCACACAGGCGACACUCCCCUCCAACUGGUCCCAGCAUAGUGAAACAACAUAACCUCAAAACCUCAAAAAAUAAGGUCUUCUGUUUUCUAAAUCAUAUGGAAUUAUUUAUUGUUUUGAGAGACUGAUUUAAAUAAUUGGACUCUGGUACAUCAGUUUCAUGAAGGUCUCUACACCAGGAGCUGCAACGGUACUUGCACUGAAGGAGUCAAAGCUGUGUGUUGCCUGAGGUACACUGGGAAAGAUCUCUGUCUUACAGUGUUGAUACAUCUAUGACAUCUGUUUUUUUUUGUGUUUGGUUUUGUAGACUUUCGGGUAGAUGUGGUCAUUCUCUGGUUUGGAGCCUUAAAAAUGAAUCCGUUCAUUUUUGUUUUCUCUUCUUCUACUCCUGCAACAUGGUACACGUUUCAAGAUCACACAGGGCAUCUUUUGUAGCAGUCUGUGUCAGUUUUUGGUUUAUGAGCUGCAGGCUCCAAGUGCUGGGUAUUUCAUGUUCAUUAACUUAUUUUUAUAGCUGGAAUAGCUGUAAAAUGUGUCUGCUUUGUUUUGCUUGAGCCGGUUAGUUUUCACUGGAGCCUGUAGCUCAUAAACUCUGAAAUGGAUCACAAAGCUACACAGUAGGAUAUUGCUGCCAUCUCUAAAGCUACAAACAUGCAACAUGAUUCAUUUCAGUGUUCUGCCUUAGGAAAGGCUCUGCUUUGUUCUGAGUUCUGUAGUCGUAAACAGACUCCCAUGACUGUUGAAUAAGUGCAGAAGGAGGAGGGGGUAUAUUACUUUUUUAAAAAACAUACAUGUCUCUUGACCGGCCAUUGCUCUGUGAGUUGUGGUGGCAUGGGUUUUGCUGCUAUGUUCCUGUCAAACUGAACAAUAAUCUUCAGUGUGUGCUACGCACAUCUGUGUACGUACAGACAGCAAGUACUGUUGUAAAUAAUUAUGUUGCUGUGUAACAAAUAAAUGCACUCAAAAAACUAGAAACCUACGCGAUGUCUUGCUACUGUGGUGGUGUGCAUGCUGGCAGCAUCAUUUGAUAGGUAUUUUUUAUGUUUCUGUAGUUUAAAUCAAAAACAGAGAUUUUUGUUUGUUGAAAAAAAAUGCACUGGUUCAUCCCUUUUUGGGGAGUUUUCUUGUUAUCAGUAUUAUUAUUGUUGUUAUGAUUCUAUUAUUGUAUUCCUGUUGUUAAAUUUGUGUUUGCCAGGACAAGGUGGAAUUUGCUAUUUUUUUAACAUUUUUAUUUUUCAUCUUGUCUUGUGAGGCUUGAAAUCUUAAAGCAUGUGAGCUUCGACCAAUGGCAAAGCUGUUUCAAGAACUUCAGUGCAUAUCAGAUGUACAUACGUACAUGUUUUUAUAAUGUAUGAAACUCCGAAUUUAGAGGGCUGGAAAUCAGUUUGUCCCGAGCUGAGAUCACCCACAAGUAACAGAAACAGCAAUCUAGUUAAGGGAUAGACAGAUGCCCCAAACUCUGUGGGACGAUAAAUACAUGAAAAAAAUGGAAAUGCUAAAGAAUGUGAGAGCUGACACAGGACAGGAUGCACUUUUCGGUGACCUGGGAACUGGUGACGUCUCAGUGAUUAACACUGGAACCUCCAGCAGCCCUAUUUUUCUGCAGCCAUUGCAUAAAAAUGUUGCAAAAGGUCUGCUGCUUUUCAAAAUCAGGUUGUAAAGACAUACUGUAGAAGUAGGAAACAUUCUUCUUUAAAACUCUAACGCGCAAUAUUAAGAAAGAAGAUUCCUGGUCAAGCACAAACUGGCACAACAAAAAGAAGACCAAUUAAAAUAUUAAAUAUAUUGGAGCAGUUUUUUUCAUAUCAAUAUUAAAAAGUCAAACAUUUUCUUUUAUGCCAUACCAAGAAACAUCAAAUAUGAAAACUUCAGAUUAAAGAUUGGUUCCUCUUAGUUGUCCACAGAUUAUCCCAGGUCUCUUCAGCUUUUAUAACAACAUAGAACUAUUCAAACCACUACUUAGGCACUUGUAUGUAGCAGAUUGUCACAGAUUGUCAGAGAACUGUGUGGCUAAUUACCACAGCAGCUUUCCUACUUUCGCAGUGCUUUCUAUCCCUGGUCUGUGUAUAAUUUAUGUUAGCAUGGUUCUCACCUGUUCCUGUCCUGCCUCUCAGCUGUCCCAUACUGUGAAAUCUGUGGACAACCUGUUAAUCAGCUCGUUGUUGGCUCUAACCAUGGACUCCAGGACCAACUCAGUCUUAUUUCUAAGUGGACCCGCAGAGCUGCUUUCUAUGGUUAACUUGUCAUCAGCCAUGAUAAUGAUGAAAAUGCUGAGAAAUACUUAGAGUGACUUUGUAAAGCCACCUUUUUUUUGUUGUUGAAAAAGCACUUGAAAAAACAAAAAAUUCUGUCUUUUUUUGUUAUUGCGUUUCAAUGCAAAUGUCCUUUUUUUGUUACUAUUCAAUAAAGUGUUGAGACAUGAGUAUCUCC